AUGGGGUCUGCAGUAGAUGACGGGGUUCCUCAGGUUAUGGGGUCUGCAGUAGAUGAUGGGGUUAUGGUUUUGGGGUCUGCAGUAGAUGACGGGGUUCCUCAGGUUAUGGGGUCUGCAGUAGAUGACGGGGUUAUGGUUAUGGGGUCUGCAGUAGAUGACGGGGUUAUGGGGUCUGCAGUAGAUGACGGGGUUCCUCAGGUUAUGGGGUCUGCAGUAGAUGAUGGGGUUAUGGUUAUGGGGUCUGCAGUAGAUGACAGGGUUCCUCAGGUUAUGGGGUCUGCAGUAGAUGACGGGGUUAUGGGGUCUGCAGUAGAUGAUGGGGUUAUGGUUUUGGGGUCUGCAGUAGAUGACGGGGUUAUGGUUAUGGGGUCUGCAGUAGAUGACAGGGUUCCUCAGGUUAUGGGGUCUGCAGUAGAUGACGGGGUUCCUCAGGUCCCUUUCCAGUGGAGCAGCUUUAAUACCGGAGACGUCUUCCUGGUGGAUUUGGGGAAACUGAUCAUACAAUGGAACGGACCGGAGAGCAACCGGAUGGAGAGACUGAGGGGGAUGAACUUGGCCAAAGACAUCCGUGACCGUGAACGUGGCGGCCGCGCUCAUGUCUAUGUGGUGGAAGGCGACAAUGAGGAGGCGUCACCCAAACUGAUGGAGAUUCUGCUGCACAUGUUGGGGGAGAGGAGGGAGAUCCGGGGGCAGAUAGCGGACGAUGUGGUGGACAACAAAGCUGCCGGAGCAAUAAAGUUAUAUCGAGUGUCCGACAACAACGGCAACUUAAUGGUGGAGGAGGUGGCGACUAAACCCCUGACCCAGGACCUGCUGGACCACAAUGAUUGCUUCAUCUUGGAUCAGGGAGGAAUAAAGAUUUUUAUAUGGAAAGGAAAAAAUUCAUCAAAAGAAGAAAGACAACAAGCGAUGGAGAGAGCCCUGAAUUUUAUUAAAGCUAAAAAUUAUCCCCCGAGCACAAAUAUCGAGAUCCAGAACGACGGCUCCGAAUCCGCAACGUUCAAACAGCUGUUCCAGAAAUGGACGACGAAGGAUCAGACGAUCGGGAUGGGGAAGACGACUACGGUCGGGAAAGUGGCCAAGGUAGAACAGGUGAAGUUUGACGCGGUCUCCAUGCACGCUAAACCUGAGAUAGCGGCGCAGCAGAAGAUGGUGGAUGACGGAUCCGGAGAAGUGGAGGUCUAUAGGAUCGAGAAUCUGGAGCUGGCGCCUGUAGAGAAGCAAUGGCUGGGGCACUUCUAUGGGGGCGACUGUUACCUCAUCCUAUACAAGUACCUGGUGAACAACAAGUACCACUAUAUACUGUACAUAUGGCAGGGCCGCCAUGCCAGUCAGGAUGAGAUUGCGGCGUCGGCCUAUCAGGCGGUGAUCCUGGACCAGCAGUAUGAGGGGCAGCCGGUGCAGGUUCGGGUCCCUAUGGGGAAGGAGCCAUCGCACCUCAUGGCCGUAUUCAAAGGGAAGAUGGUUGUGUAUGAGGGCGGCACCUCCCGCACGGACAGUGACUACGCUCCCCCCGAGACUCGGCUCUUCCAUGUCCACGGCACCAACGAAUACAACACCAAAGCCUUCGAGGUUCCUGUCCGGGCGACUUCUCUCAACUCCAAUGACGUGUUUGUCCUGAAGACCAAGGGGGUCUGUUACUUGUGGUGUGGCAAGGGAUGUAGUGGAGACGAGCGCGCUAUGGCCAAGAACGUGGCGGACAUCAUCUCACGAGGAGAGAAGGUGGUGGUGGCCGAGGGGCAGGAACCGUCCGAGUUCUGGUUGGCCCUGGGGGGCAAGAGUCAGUAUUCCAGCAGUAAGAGGCUGCAGGAAGAGGUACUAGAUAUCAGCCCGCGCCUGUACGAGUGCUCCAACCAGACCGGAACCUUCCGCGCAACCGAGGUGACAGACUUCUCCCAGGACGAUCUGGAGGAGGAGGACGUCUUCUUGCUGGAUGCUUGGGAUCAGGUAGAGGAAGCCGCAGCUUGGAAUGAUCCCCUUCUCCAGGAGCGCAGGUUGGUUCCAGCCGACCGUCCAACUCCCGACCGGAGGAUACGAACGCGGCCGCUCCCGAUCAGCAAAUCAGUCGAACUCCUUCCAUAG